GUCCCGCUGCGGCCGCGGCGACCAAGCCUCCCCGUCGGGACUCCGGUGGCGAGAGGCGGAGGCGGCAGGAGCCGGAGCGGGGGGCGCUCGCCGCUGCCCCGGGGACGGGACAUGUCGUCGGCGGCGGUGGCGGCUGCUUCCCGCAGGCAGUCGUGCUACCUGUGCGACCUGCCCCGCAUGCCCUGGGCCAUGAUCUGGGACUUCACCGAGCCCGUCUGCCGGGGCUGCGUCAACUACGAGGGGGCCGACCGCGUGGAGUUCGUCAUCGAUACAGCGCGGCAGCUGAAGCGGGCACACGGCUGCUUCCCUGAGGGCCGAGCCCCGCCGCCGCCCCACGCCAAGCAGCCGCCGCUCUCCGCCAAGGAGCUGCUGGCGCAGCAACAGCAGCUCGGCCACCCUGCGGCGGCGGAGGCGGCGGCGCGGCCCCCGCCGCAGCCCCUGGAGCGCUACUCGCUGGCGGCCGAGCGGCCGCCGCCCCGCCUGGGCACCGAAUACGGCGGCGGCCGACAGGUCAAUGGCAUCUUGGUGCCUAACGGCUUCCCCAAGCCUGAGGAGCCACCCGAGCUGAAUCGGCAGAGCCCCAACCCAAGGCGGACGCACGCUGUGCCUCCCACCCUAGUGCCGCUAGUGAACGGCGCUGGGCUUCCCGCCGCCAUCAGUGGCUUAGGCAGCCGUGCUGCCGCCGCCGCCUCACUCGCCGCCAUCUCCACUGCGCCCGCCCCGAUGGCCGUGCCUGUCCCCCAACAGCCGGCGGCGGCGACACAGCCGGCGACGCAGGCGGCGGGACAGCCGAGCGAGCUGGGGCACAAGCGCCCGGGCUCCGUCUCCUCCUCGUCCUCCGGCGGCAACGGUGCGGCGGGGGAGCACGACGGCGGCGCCAAGGAGAAGCGGGGCUCGUCUGAGAGCUUGCCGGCGGCGGCGGAGAUGGCUACCGAGGGCAAGGGACGUCCGGGCGGCGAGCAGGAGUGGCUGGCGAAGCCCAAGACCGUGCGGGACACUUUGCUGGCCCUGCAUCAGCACGGUAGCCAUGCCGUGCCACCCUUCGACAGCAAGUUCAAGAAGGAGCCGGGUAUGGCGGGCGGAAGGCUGCUGGGCUACGAGACCAACGGCGCCGUGGCCAAGCCAGGGGCCCGGGCCGCCCGGAAGAGGAAGCCUUCCCCCGAGCCAGAGGGUGAGGCAGGCCCCCCGAAGAUCAAUGGGGAGGUGCAGCCUUGGCUGCCCACCUCGUCGGAAGGGAUGAAGCUGCCGCUGACGGCCACCCCGUUUAUGUCGCCCCCGCCGCCCACCGCUUCUCCCCACUCCAACCGGACCACGCCGCCCGAGGCGGCCCAAAACGGCCAAUCUCCUAUGGCUGCCCUCAUUUUGGUGGCGGACAAUGCCGGGGGCAACCACGCCUCCAAAGAGGCCAACCAGGUUCACUCCACCACGCGGAGGAACAGCAGCAGCCCCCCCUCGCCCUCUGCCAUGAACCAAAGAAGGCUGGGUCCCGGCAGGGAGGUGCCGGGCCAGGGGGCCAACGCGGCGGGCGGGCUGGAGCCCGUCCACCCCGCCAGCCUGCCGGACUCGUCCCUCGCCGCCAGCGUCCCGUUGUGUUGUACUCUCUGCCACGAGCGCCUGGAGGACACCCACUUCGUGCAGUGCCCCUCCGUCCCCUCCCACAAGUUCUGCUUCCCUUGCUCUCGGCAGAGCAUCAAGCAGCAGGGAGCCAGCGGGGAGGUGUAUUGUCCUAGCGGGGAGAAAUGUCCCCUGGUCGGCUCCAAUGUUCCCUGGGCCUUCAUGCAGGGGGAGAUCGCCACCAUCCUGGCUGGAGAUGUGAAAGUGAAAAAGGAGAGGGACUCGUGACUUGGUCGCUUUCGUCGCCCAGCAUCACCUUGAACUCGAACUGCUCGAAUUCUGUAUAUAUCUAUAAAUAUAUAUAUAAAAGUAUAUAUAUAUAUCUCCAAGACAAGGGAAAUGUAGACUUCAUAAACAUGGCUGUAUAAUUCUGAUUUUUUUGAAUACAUUGUGUUUCUAUAUUUUUGAAGACUAAAGGUAUGUACUUAUUAUAAAGGCAUUUCUUAUUCUUCCUUUUUUUUUCCCUUUGAGUUCGUUUUUUAAUGUUUUUUUUUUUUUUUUC